GUGGUAGGAGAGGUUUUUGUGAAUGUUAGAGAGAACUAACUCAUCAAGGUGGUGAUGGGUGUUCCUCAAACUCCAAACCCUUCUCCUCCACAUAAGUAUCCACAAGAACUUCAGCUUAAACUUUAUCAAGCCUUCAUAUUCUCAAUUCCUAUACUCUUUUCCAUAAUUCUCAUACUCCUGUUUUACUUGUUCUACCUCAAGAGAAGGGCUUCCUCUCUCUCAUACCCUCCUCCUCUUCACCUACUUCCCAUAACUGCAAAUCCUCAUCAAACUUCAUAUCGCUAUCGUUCCUCAUCACCUUGCCGUUUAAAUUUGGCGGUGCAAAUUCUGGACAAACUUCCAAGAGUUUUAUUUGAUGAGGAUUUGAGAACAAGGGAUUCAGUAUGUUGUGUUUGUCUUGGAGAAUUUGAGCUGAAAGAAGAGCUGCUACAGAUUCCUUAUUGCAAGCACAUGUUUCACAUAGAGUGCAUAGAUAACUGGUUGCAAUCAAACUCCACAUGUCCACUUUGUAGAUGUUCCAUCAUCCCCACAUCAAAGUUCCUCAAUCCACCACCACUUGUUGUGCAAGACCCACCUCAUCAAGGUGCUAUUUCAGGUUCUCCAUCACACAUCAUAUCAUCACCAACACCCCAACUAGGAGGUGAAGCUGGUGCUUCCUCAAUUACUAACAAUUUUCAAGAGAAUGAUGUACCAACUAGAUGAUCAUAGUGUGUAGUGUGUGUGUUUUGAUACCAGUUGAGUGCAUUGCAAACAAACUUCUGUCUCAAUCCAUAAGAAGUCUGCUCACUUUUUACCUCUGCUAACGUCAAUUUGCACAGGUGACCGAUGAUUAUCCAGAUAUACCUGUAGUUUUUUUACUUAAGGGAGGCGAUUCAGCUGGCCUUCAUGAGUCUGUAGUUCUGUAAAUUCAGAUGAAUCAGAACCAAUGAUAUAUGAAAUAAAAUGUGUCCUUUUCCCCCCUA